UUCCACACGCAAUCACCAUGGGUUGUAGAAGCCUUGUUAACAAAAUGCCACCCAGCACUUUACAGAAACAUGUUCAACUGGUGUGUUAUGCUCUCUGGGGCUAUCGUUAUCAACAAGAAUAAUGUUAUCUUCAUCAUUGAAAGAGCUAAUUGGGUAGCAGUGUUCAGGGUACUGGACUUUAAACUGAAAGGAUGCAGGUUCAGAUCCCAGGAGAGGCACAGCUGUUGCACUUUGGAGGAACAUCCAUGGAUGGAGAGCGCCAGAAACGGAAAGAGGAGAUCCAGAAAGCCCUUGGCUUCAUCCAGUCGUCGCUGCCUUACCCAGAGCCGGAGGGCUACGAGGCCUUCCUGACCCAGCUGGUGUGCAACCUGCUGGACGAGGGCAACGCGGUGUACCGGGAGGGCGACCUGAGGCAGGCGGUGGUGCACUACACCGAGGGGCUGGGCGUGGCCGACUACGCGCGGGCCGAGAACCUGAGCAUCGCGGCCGAGCUGCUGGGGAGCCUGUACGUCAACCGCGCGGCGGCCCUCUACAACACCGGCGGGGUCACGGAGGGGGGCGGAGCCCGUCCCAGCAGGCAAUGGGCGCGAGCCGACGUGCCCAGCGCCCAGUGUAUCCCCGCCCCCUUGGCCAUGCCCGUGCCGGUGAGCGACGACCCGGCGGUGACCUCCGACGACCUCGACGGGACCCCCGAGGACCCCGGGCAAGGGCCCCAGCCCGGGGUGCCCUACUCCGUGCCCGAGAGCGUGGACGAGGUCAUCGGGGAGGAGCUGGACAGCCUGCUGGAGUGCAUGCCCAAGGGGGCGGAGCUGAGCAUGGCUCCAGUCCAGGGGGCCAUCCCCACCAACCUGCCCAACACGGUCGCCCAUCUGCUGCCCUCCUACGCCGGCGGGGCCGCCCCCAGCUCCCUGCCCCCCGCCAUGCCGCCCCCCACCCCCCAGCUGCCCCCGGCGUUCUUCGGCUCGGCCGUGAGCCAGCUCAACGCCCUGGACUCCUUCCCGGGGCUCGGCUCGGGCGAGGGCAGCGGCACGCCGUCGCUGGACGCCCUGGACUCCUUCCCCCUGGCGGCGGUGGCGACGACGGGGGGCGGGCGCGUGGCGAUGGGGGGCUCCGGGCUGGACUCGCUGUCCGAGUUCACCCUGCCUGGAGGCAGAGCAGCUCGCACCCUGAUCCCUGGACUGAGGGCCUCUGGCUCUGGGCACACGAACGGCCCAGCGGGCCCCGGCGCCGGCUCCGCGCUCGCAGUCCUGUCCCGGAACCCCCUGGCCGCCAGCCACGAGUUCCGACAGGCCUGUCACGCCUGCUACAGCAGGAUAGGGCCCAAGGUGAUGGAUUAUAAGUACCAGCCGGAGGCGGCCCAUCGCUGCAAGCGGGAUGUGCUCUUGUGCCGACUGAAGGGCUCGGAUGAUCCCGCCUGGAAGCGCAUCCGCCCCCGGCCGGCCCGGAACAACUUUCUGGGGGCCUUCGUGCUCUGCAAGGAGGUGCAGGAGCGCCAGGAGUGCAAGUACGGGGAGAACUGCACGUUCGCCUACUGCCAGGAGGAGAUCGACGUGUGGACGCAGGAGAGGAAGGGCGCGCUGAGCCGCGAGCUGCUGUUCGACCCGCUGGGCAGCAGCGAGAGGCGGGCGCUGAGCGUCACCCGCCUGCUGCAGCUGCACAUGGGCAUGUUCAUGUUCCUCUGUGAGGAGUGUUACGACAGCAAGCCCAGGAUCAUCAGCAAGCGCUGCAAGGAGAACCUGUCGGUCUGCUCCAACCUCACCGCCCGGCACCCCUUCGACGGAAACAAGUGCCUGGUCCACGUGGUGCGCUCCGCCAACGUGCGCUACAGCAAGAUCCGCCCGCUGCACCCGCUGUGCCAGUUCGACGUUUGCCGCCACGAGGUGCGCUACGGCUGCCAGCGCGAGGACAGCUGCUCCUUCGCCCACUCCGUCAUCGAGCUCAAGUGCUGGGUGCUGCAGCAGGACACGGGUAUCACUCACGAGGAGAUCGUUCAGGAGUCCAAGAGACACUGGCAUCGCUUGGAGCAGAACAUGCAGAAGCAGAAGAUGUGUGUGCACGUGGUGAAGCAGAAGAAGUGCCACUACAUUGGGAACUGCUCCUUCGCGCACAGCCCCGAGGAGAGGGACGUCUGGACCUACAUGAAGAACAACAGCUUGAGAGACAUGCAGCAGAUGUACGACAUGUGGCUCUCGCUGACCAAUCAGAACCGGCGGCCGGACGGCACCCUGAUCACCCCGCCCCCCGAGGAGAAGCAGAUCACCAUGCCGACGGACUACGCCGAGCCGAUGAACGGUUUCCACUGCCGCCUGUGCGGGAAGCACAGCAACAGCGAGAGACAGUGGCAGCAGCACAUCUCCUCGGAGAAGCACAAGGACAGGGUCUUCAGCUGCGAGGGAGAGGAGGAGGGGCUGGACUGGACCUACCGCUUCCCCGGGUGCUGCUUCUCCCUCUGCAGCAGGAUGGAGGGCGGGUCCUGUCCGGAGGGGGCGAGCUGCGACUCCGCCCACAGCGCCGAGGAGCUGGCCGAGUGGGAGGAGAGGCGGGACUUCCUGCGCAGGAAGCUGGCCAAGGCGCGGGACGACAUGCUGAUAGCGCCCUCUGACUGCGACUUCGGGAAGUACAACUUCCUGCUCCAGGACUGAUGCCCCUACAGCCACAGCGGGUCGCCCCCCCCCGAGCGCACGCUGCCCCCGGACCGUGUACCCCCUGAAAAUCGCGCUCGGCGGAGAGAGAGAGGGAGGGGGGCUCACUGAUGUUCGCGGGCGGUCUCUCGGCACUCCUCGCUCGCAUUCACUGGGAGCCAGAGUGACCACCUCCUGGGGAGAGACAGAGCCCCCCAGCACCCCAAAAACGCCAACCCCACAGGGCACCCCCUUUAUAGGUCUCGCCCUUUAUAGGUCUCCCAAGGUUUACUUGGGGCUGUGCUUCAGGGGGAGGACCAGGGCCCCACAGUGAUUCAUUUUCAGGGCGUGCUGAGCCACGCCCAGACCUCCUGGGGUUCAGAGUUCUGUGGCCCCCUACUCCAGUCCUCUAUUGGGGGGUCAGGGGGUCGGGGGGGGCAGCACCCUGAAAGAGCAAACUCCCCUCUCCCCCACGAGUGGUACGAGGCAGCAAGGGGCAGUAACAGGGAGGCAGGGCAGGUCAGGCCGGGGGGGCGCAGUACAGGGGGGCACAGUACAGGGGGGCACAGCGGGGCAGUGGCCCCGCAGGUUUUAGGGGGCACCCCCAAUUCUUUUUCCGACAGGUUCGGACCCUUCCGGUGGGCAGCAGGACCGGGAACCCAGAUGGGGUUUUCCAGCCAGGAUCGGGAGGGUGUUAUAUUUAUUCCGCGACCCCGGAAUAUUUGUGGGUGCUGCCUGCUCCCCCUUGCUCCUCACCGGUCAUCCGUCUCGCGUUGGGCCUGGGGUCGGCUUUUAUUAACGAGGUGAGAGCGCAGCCCUCGUUAACGCUCGUCGAGCAGAGAUCCACCUGCCCCUGGGGCAGGGGGCACAAGCGAAAUUGGGGUAUCGAUAGAGGGCGUACCUCGUGUGUGGAGGGGUAGAAUUUGGGGUGCUCUGUGUACCACAUUUGUAGGGGGUUCAUUGUGGUCUCUCUUUUUGGAGAUGUAUUUUGUGCGCAGAGGGGUGAUACAGGAGAGUUGGGGUUCGCUGAGUGGCGUACUUUGUAUGUAGAGGGGUGAUACAGGAGAGUUGGGGUUCGCUGAGUGGCGUACUUUGUAUGUAGAGGGGUGAUACCGAGAGUUGGGGUCCGCUGUGGUCUCUGUUCGGAGGUGUACUAAGUGCGUAGAGAGUUGGGGUUUGCCUAGGUUCGCUUGCGGUACACAGGGUGCGUUGUGAAACUUGCUGUUGCUCUGUGGCCAGCAGGGGGCGCCGUGUGCUAAAGCACAGCCUCGGGCGCUGUAGGCAGUCCAACUGGGCUGCUGUAGCUUCCAGCCCGGGUUCGAGCCUGCACCUCUUGGUUCUCCGUCACAGGUCCCACGGCCCGCGGUCCGGGGGCGCCGGAACCAGGCUGAGGCUCUGUCCUGGUCCAGCUUCGCAGUUUGAUCGCGGACCGGCUGGCGUUUU